AAGAGCUGAUAAUGGAGGAAGAACAUGCGUGUUUUCCGUAGAGAAUAAAUCGUUUCAGGCUGUAAAUCAAAGCGAUGGAGAGCCACGUUAAUCGUUUGAACGUUAUCGUUAACGAGUAUCUGAAGAUCAAUGAGUUCCAGUUAGUCUUUUCAAGUUUCAUUGCACGAGACCAAGUCAAAGAAAAAGAGAAAGAUGAGAAGUUUCUUGAAUCUUUUAAGGAUUUCUGGAAAUUACUGGAAACUGAGAGAAAGGAAGCGGCCGUCGGGGUGAAAGUUAAACUUCUGGGAAGGUUUGUCGAACGCAUUCAGGAGCAGUCAAAUCCAGAGAAAAUCGAAGUGAUGUUUGGUUUGAUUCAAAGAAUGAUUGAUGAUAAUAUUGUAAAGCCAAGAAUGAUUUGUGAAGCCAUAAUGAAGUCAGGAAAAUUGAAUUUUCGCAACGAAUCUUCAUGGAAUCAGAGUUUCGAGUUUGUCUGUAAAUUGUUGCCCUCCAUAGAUUACAAGGGUUGUCGCGAUAUUUUCACGUUGGUUUUGGAGAAAUCGAAAGAAAUUCCAAACGUCGUAUCUCACCCAGUUUCGCCUCAGAUCGAGGCAAUAUUAAAGGUCAUUCGUCUUAUACUGGAUAGAAAUGCCUGUCUUCUACCUGCAUAUUUCUGUAUCAAUGAGAUUUUGAAAAUUUAUCCUGAAGGGAAAAUUUACCCACAUUGGGCAAUAUCUAAAGUUCUUAGCGACUUUGUUGAUGGGUUCAGACCGCUGGCACAUCUGGUUACUGUUUCAGGCCGAUGCAAUCUUCAUCCAAUUAUUGGCUCUCCCUGUAGCUCGCUACAUGCUGUAAAUUCUGGCAUCUGGAGACUUGACCAGAAACAGCUCACUUUUAACUUCAAAGUGCAGCUUCCUUACGACAAAGAUAUAUCUGGAAGACAAUAUGAGCUCCUACGAGCAAUUUUGAGGCAACCGCAUUCUAGGGAAACAGUAAUUACCGUUCUCAGUUUAAAUAAAUCGGUUCGAGAAAGAUGCCCCGUCUUAGAUGAAAUAUUUGUGGACCUUGUCAUGGAGGCUCUUGAGAAAUGUGAAGUGGAAGCUAAUACCGAAAACGUCGCGUCGGCAUGGCAACGAUUGGCCAGUCUUGGGAUUACAUAUGUCCUGUUUAACUUAUUAACCUUCACAGCCAUUGUCUCAUCCCUAAACGAGAAGGUACAUGAGGCGAAAUGGUACAAAGGACGUGAUUAUUUAAUAUGGUUCAUUUUACAACUUUGGGGCGCAGGAAAUACCCAUUGGGAGUUCAAAGAUUUCCUUCCAUUAAUCGAGAUAAUUGAAUUCCUUUAUUCCGACGUCCAGCCAAUUACUGUCCCUGAUGUAAACAAUCCAUCAUUCAUGUACGCCAUGGCUGUUGCUUGUCUCUGGAACGUCAUUUCAUCCAAGGCGCAAGGACAGAAUGUAAGCCUUCCAAAACCAAGAGCCAUAACAGGGCUUAUGGCUAAUCUUGAACAUUUAUUCAAGCAUUGUCAAACUCCGGGGACUUUGACCCGCACGGAUAAUUAUACCGCUCUCCUUAUGAAUGCGAAUCCAGUCAGCACCAUCUUUAGCUUCGUCACCGAUCUGUGGUUUGGCAAAAGCAACGCCCAAACAAACAAGCCAAUGCCUGCUACUCAUUCGACGCCAAUACCGCUUGAAUUGCUCGAUUUGUUAACAUACCCGGCUAAAAGGGGGUUGAUUAUUUAUAUUGGGAAUCUUAUCAAAGUAAAAACUCCGAACACAACGUUGUCCCACGUUUUGUUAGAAACGUACAGUCGUUUGUUGGCAGAGAACGAUAUAUCUGGCAUCAGAAAUGUUGUAGGUGCCGUUCUUCCACAAGUCUUCAAGAUCAAAGCUUGGGGAGUUCUUCACAACUUGCUGGAGAUGUUCAGCUAUCGCUUACCGUUCAUACCUCAAAAUUAUCGCAUACAUCUCAUCUCGCAUAUUCACUCGAUCGCAGCAAUACCACACACCAACCAAAAUCUUCAACUCCAUCUUUGUUUAGAGAGUACUGCCUUUCGUCUGAUUCAAGGUCUUGAAAAUCAUGUUGUCGAGACGUAUUUCACAAAACACGAUGCAAAUGUGCUCGUCUCGUCAGAGUCAGAAGAACUGAAUCGAAUGUUUGUUUUGAACAUCGCCAGAGCUAUUCACAUUUCAGGAGCUGAGCAGCAUUCCUCCCAGUGGUACGAAGCCAUAUUUAAAACCAUCAUGGAAAAGACCAAAAUGAAUUGGUCAAAACACACCCUCGAACAUUUUCCGUAUUCUAUACAACAGUUCUUUACCCAAAAUUCCGCUCCAGUCGAGAGCAAAAAUACAUUAAAGCAACGAGUCGAACAGGAAUAUGAGAAAUUCAAAAAUAUGAAAUCCCAGGCCGAAGUUUUAAAUUAUUUUGGCGAGGCAACUUCGCCUGAUAUUUUUGUUUGUGUGAUAUGGAAAUGCCUUCUCGAAACAGGUCGCGUUAAUCAAAUUUGUCUGCAAGUCCUUGUUAAGCUCGGGGCUCGAGCACUGAGCAAACAGAUUCGAGUGUUCGCUGAUUUCUUGGUCCAUGAUUAUUCAUUGCUUUCAAAUGGUUCCUCUGAGGAUCAUAAUAAGAGAAUAACGUGUCUUCAUGAUAUGGUUUGGAAAUAUCACAUCAUUAGCAUUGACAGACUUGUCUUAUGUUUGAUGUUACGUUACUACGAAUCGAAAGAGGCACAAGUCUGCAAUCUUUUGUUAAACUUUCUGUUGCUGAAGUUUCCUGCGUUUAGAGACAGAAUUCAAACAUUCGUCCAAGAAGUUCCACCAGAUUAUUGGAAACAUUCGGACUGGCAUCAGAAACACCAAGCUUACCAUCAGAAAUGGGGCGAAAAAUUUUACUUCGAAGGGCUUCGAGAGGCGACGAAAGCUAGUUCACAUAACAUCGCUUAUCUUCCGAUGAAUUUUGGAAAUGUUUGUUUGAGAUUUCUUCCAGUUCUUGAUGUUGUUAUUCAUCGCUUUAUCGAGCUUCCUCCGGUGAGCGCUGGUCUUGAAAGUCUUCUUCACAAUUUUGGAGGAUUGUAUAAAUUCCAUGAUCGUCCUGUCACUUACCUAUACAACACCUUAUACUAUUACAAUCGCAUUUUAAAUCAAAGGGAAGCCUCGAGAAAGAAACUUGUCAGCGUUGUAACUGGAGCAUUUGCGAAUCUUCGCCCAGCUAAUUGGUGUUUGUCAAACGUGUUCUUGGAAUAUUUGAAGGCAGACGUUGAAUUGAAACCAAAUCUUGAAUAUUACUGUGCAAUUGUUGGAAGGCUUGUUGAUACUAUUUCCGGUAAUUCGCCGUUUCCUGAAUUCGACUGGCGUUUCCACGAAUUCCCUAGUCCGUCUGCGCAUGCGCUCUAUGCCACAUGCGUCGAGUUGAUGUCACUUCCUGUCAACGACAAGGACGUUGGUAAUGCGCUGUUCUCUGUGUUGUAUAAAUGUGGCGAGACAAAUCGAGGCGUUGAAAUUUUGAAUAAUACUAAGACUUGGAUAAAUGCCGUCGCUUUGAUCAUUUCUUCUCUGCCUGAAUCCUACGGCAAGGUUUUACCGCAACUUAUCUCGGAAGUUCUCACCGCUGAUCUUGCAGUAAAAGAUGUCACUCCAGUUACAGCCAGUUUUUCGCCCGAUGCUACGAUGGCGCCAUCGUCGUUUCCAUAUUCGUUCUAUAGUUUCCAGUCCAACGCGGAUGCCUGCGCCCUGACAUUGCCAGACCUGGUUGUGGCUUUUACAAAUGCGGUCUGGUAUCAUUCUAGUUUGGGCCAUCUCUCGCUUAUCCCAAGAUUGUUGAAGGAAAAUUUCAAGCCUUUAAUUCACAAUGAAGCACAGUUUCUGUUCGUUUGUCGACUGCUUGGACCAUUUUUGUAUCGUUUCUACACGGAGAAACCAAGAUGUUUGCUCGAGAUUGCUAAAGAGCUGUACGCCAUCUUGGAUGUGGUCGACAAGAAAUGUGUUCAUCUUUAUCACGUCGACACCAUAUGCGACUUUUUUUAUCAUAUUAAGUACAUGUUUGUUGGGGAUUCUAUAAAACAGGAUAUUCAACACUACAUAGCCAGUCUGAGACCAGUACUACAAGAUCGUAUGCAGUUCAUAUCACAUGUUGCUGGGCAUGCUCGCGAGGAUACUGCCUCUGUCUCGGGGUAACGCGGGCGCAUGAUAAACGAAAUGAUGACAAAACUAUGGUACUUGGCAGAAAAAAUCGAGAAGAUAGCUGCAUGUUCAAGGCUAUUGCAGCCGCGUUAGUGGCGAUCUUGCAAAUCUGCCGUCGUAGAUAUUAUCUGGUAUUAACCAGAAUUGACUUGUAAUAUAGUAGGAAUUACAUAACGGGCCGUUUACUGGAAUAAUUUACCGGAAGUAUGCUAAAGGUAGUUUUUCUUCUCGAAAUCUACGUUCUGUUACGUCAAUAUGCAAGGCGGUUCGUCAUCGGUUAAAUAAUAAAUAAGAGCGACCAAAAAAGCUCAAUAAUGCAAUAAAUUUCCUUAUUUAUAUAAAAGUGAAAAUUGCCCUUGUUGAGCGAGGUCGAAGGUUUCUGGCUAGAACUAAGUCCUUCCAGGCGACUAACUCGUGUGCCUUUACCAGCAAACAAUUUAAUGCAAUAUAGGACGAAACAUCUUCUGAAAAACAACAUCUUGUAAAUACAAGAUGUGUAUAAAACAAGACAACAAUUACGGUGAUAUUUCGACUUUAUUUCAUUCUCAAAGCAAUCUUUCAUCUUACAUUGUUUUUGUUUACAAUAUUUCAGUGCUGUUUACGGUAUUAUAUAUAUGUCAUCAACAUUGUUAUUUACUUACUUAUUUCAAAUUCAAUUUCCCAUCUGUCCUCAAGAAUGUUAAGAAUCAAGGAGAAAUUACUUAACAAAAUUAAUAUUUACCGAAGGCGAGGUGAAUACCAAAUAGCGAGACAAAGUCAAGCGAAAUAGAGUAGAGUAGCGUUUUGCAACGUGGUUUUUACCUCGAAAUAAUUUUAGGGAAAAUCUUGUACGCUUUUUAUAUGCUUUUAGGUAAAGCGUUUUUUUAAAAAUUACAUGUUUCUUCAUCUGUCACUUUGACAAAAACAACUCGCCGCCAUCUUGAAAAAUUUUCUUAGGUGAUUACCCGCGUAAUAGGUCUUUUGACCAAUCAGUAGCAACAAUUUUCAAUAAUUAAUUUUACCAUCUAAAAUAUGGAUACUAUUCGAGUUAAUAUCUACCUAAAAUACCUGAUUUGCAUAGUUUAUACGA